GUCGCGACUCUUGGGGAGGAAGAUUUAAAAUGUUAAUCUCAUAUGCAUUUAGUACAUGCAUUCAAUUGAUCAAUUUGUGUUUUAAUUUUUUAUUUUUAUAAAAUAUGAGAAAUGUAUGUUUUGUCCCUUUUUUUGUAAAGUACUCAAACAUGAGUUUUUUCUAUUUUUAAACAGAACAAGUUUACUUUUCAUUUUAAAUGUGUAUUUUAUAUGAAAAAUGACACAUGUUUAAAACGCAAAAAAAAAAGAAAACUAAACUAAGAAUGAAGAAAAGAAAAGUUUUUUUACGGAGUACAAAGGAAGUUAAGGAACCCCGUGUGAGACGGAUAUUUAGGAGGAAACUAGAGCCGUGAGAUUCAAUCUAAACUAGCGGCUUAGAUCAAUUCGCCGUUCUCAGGCUACGCUUUUCAUCUUGCAUUCCGUAUGUAUAUAUAUACUUCGUAUAUACUAGUUGGGGCAGAUAAACCCUACCGAAACCCUAACUCCCGCCCGCCUUGCGAAACCAUGGCCGCCGAAUCUAAACUCCGCCCUGGAGAUGAGCCUCCCUCCGCGUCAUCCGAUGAAGUCGCAUCGUCUUCCGGUGAGGACGAAACGUCUUCCGGUGAGGACGAAACGUCUUCCGGUGAGGAAGAAAAGAUUCCCGAGCAAGAAGAACAAAUUGGUCAACUACAGCAACCUGAAUCCGAUUCCGAUGACAGCUCUAGCUCUGAGGGAGAGGACGAGGAAGAAACAACCCAGGCACCUCCAGUCUUGAGUCCAAUUGUUGGCCAGAAACCUCAAUCCUCUUCGGAAUCCUCGGAAGAGGAAACCGAUUCAGAUUCGGAUUCCCUGGAACGCCAAACUUUAGCAUCCGCAUCCGCCUUCACCCCGGUGCCCCAUCUGACUUCCUCCCAAAAGGUUCCUGAAUCUUCAAUGCCACCACCUGUAAAGCGUGCCUUGGAUGUGGAAGAGGAAGAUUCAAAGAAGUCAAAGAAGAGCAAAUAUGCGGAAGAAGACGCCUCUACUGAGGGAAAAGAGUCUGCAGAUGACCAGGUCUCGAAUGACGAUAAUCAGAUUGCAUCUAUCAUAGGUGGGAUUGUGAAAAGUCUAGGUAAUGACAACAUCAUUAUGGAUACACCAAAUGCAGUGGAAAUUUAUGGACAAGCUGGACUCGAGGGAAAUGAUGAACAGACUGUUCAGGUUGAAAAUGUUAAGAAUGUUAAGCCCAAAUACCCCUACUUGGUCGAGUGUAUCACCAAGGAGUAUUAUCCAAUGUUUGCUGAUGCUGCAUUGGAUAUGAUCAAGAAAAAAGUGAAUAUGAUGGAGAGUUCUGAGGCUUCAGAGAUUGAGGAGAAAUGGUCCAAGGUGUGGGAAGAACAGCUUGAAAUUUGUGCGAAGGUUGCAGACUUGGUUGCUCUACAGACUAGGAUGGUGCAUGAAGCUAUGAAGAAGUAACUAUGAAGAUGCCAGCUCUGUUUAGUUAUGUUUUUUGUCUAGUAUGCUUUUUGCAGGAUUGAAAAUCGAACGCUAAUUUGGACACACAGCAACAUUCAAGUUUGAAUUUUCAAUUUUAUUAGAAUCUGUAGUAUUAAAAUGUAAUCUCUCUCCUCUCAAAGUAUGUUCUUGGGGCAUUCAAGGUGUUUGAGGAUAUGUCUGCAAAAGACUAUCAUUGAGCUUAAAAUAGGAUUUGGUGUUGUUUUUUGUUGUUGGGAGUUUAAAAUGGGUCUCAGAGAGCUUUAACUGAAUGCUUUGUUUUGAUUUCUACCAAUUGACUGUUAGAAUGUAACAUUGGUAAGUAAAAUCAAUGGACUUCAUUUGAUUAGAGUAUAC